AUGGCACCGUGGCGUAGGGAAUCCUGGCUGGCAGUUUGGGGAUACAGUUCAAGGCGAGCAUGUCUCCUUGUCCCAGCAUUGCAGUCAGCUGAACUGUUAACACAAGUUUCUGUAUGUCUUUUUUGUCAACAGGUCACCUCGUUCUCGAGUAAGCUGUUCAGGUCGGAUGUCGAGGACGCAGUUAGCUACGGCAAGAUUUUGCUCAUUGAAGAUAUUGGCGAGGAGAUAGACAUUAGUCUAAAUCAUAUUUUGGAUAGAAACUUCAUCAAAAUGGGCCAGAAAAUAAAGCACGAACUGGAAUUGGGUCUCGACACCGUCCGAGUCUCCUCAGUAAGCCCCAGCAAGAUUGGAAACCGGCUCUUGAGUAAUGCGCCGCGAAAAGUUAACACUAAGCCAUACAAACAUGAUUGUCAAUGGGAAAAAGAUGAAUGUGUUGCGUUGCGCGAGACUGUAAGCAUGAACACUGAACAAUGGUGCCCUCUGAACACCAUUUUCCUCCGUCCAUUCCAUUCAACGGUGCUAGAUCCAAUCGAGCGGGAUCCUGGAAGGGGUGGAGCUUUGGCUAAAACCUUAAGUUAA